GUUGUUUCUUAAUAUCUCACAUUUUUUAUUUAAAUUCAACUGUAUUGAAAAAAUGGGCAGGAAAAGGAAGCCAAAGGGUGGAGAAGACAAUGGUUUUGCUCAAUGGGGUGGUUACAUGGCAGCAAAGAAGGCAAAAUUGCAAGAACAGUUCAUGAUUGAUGCCUCCAAAGAGCCCUUGAAUGAUAACACCAAAAUAUUCAAUGGUAUAUCAAUAUUUGUCAACGGCUACACAGUUCCGUCAGCUGACGAACUCAAGCUACUGAUGAUGAAACACGGAGGUAUUUACCAUCACUAUUUCCGUUCUGACCGCACUACACAUGUCAUUGCUACCAACCUACCUGAUACAAAGGUGAAACACUUGAAAAACAUGAAUGUUGUCAAACCUGAUUGGAUUGUUGAUUCUAUUGCGGCAGGGAAAGUUCUAGAUUAUUGUCAGUAUCUGUUAUACAGCCAUCAGUCGAAAACCCAACCCAAACUGACCUUCAAGAAUGUAGAUACAUCAAGAGGCAAGACAGGGUUGGAUACCGGUGCUGAAAUUGAUACUAAAGACAAUAGUAGUGAUUUUAAAUCAAGAGGCAAGACAUUUACAGAGUUGAGUACCGGUACUGAAAUUGAUACUAAAGACAAUAGUAGUGAUAGUGAUUAUAACCAUUCUAUGGAACCAACUGAGAAUGUUGAUGAUGACGUGCAACAAAAUUCUCCUUUAGAUAAUAAUAUACCAAAUGAAGCGAAGCCUCGCCUAAUUUCUGAAGUUGAGGCAGUACCAGGUACAUCCAAAACCUCAGCCAUAAAAACAGCAAGUGAGGCUGGGUUCUUAUCAGAAUUUUAUUGCAACUCUCGCCUUCAUCACAUAUCUACAAUGGGUGCCACGUUUAAACAGUAUGUAAAUGAACUCAGAUUAAAGAAUAGUGGAAGUUUGCCUGGUUUGACAAAAUUAAAAUCACUCAAUUGCAGCAAUUCAUAUAAAAAAAGCACUAAAAGAUAUUCGAGUGUCAUAAUGCAUAUAGACAUGGAUUGUUUCUUUGUUUCAGUUGGUUUGCGCAAAAGACCAGACUUAAAAACAUUUCCAGUUGCAGUUACUCAUGCCAAAGGUGAAAAGAGUGGAUUCCAGAGAAAUGGUGUGGAUAGGAAAGCUGAGUUUGAACUUUACAAAACGAGGAAAGAAGAAAAAGCUAAAAAUAUUUCUCACAAAGUUAAUAACGCUGAUGUACAACCAUGGUCUGACUGGGUUGAAUCUAUUGAAGAGUCUGAUUCUAUGUCUGAAAUAGCUUCUUGCAACUAUGAAGCAAGAAAGAUGGGUUUGAAAAAUGGAAUGUUUUUAGGACAAGCUUUAAAGUUGUGUCCCUCCUUAAAGACGAUUCCGUAUGAUUUUGAUGGCUACAAAGAAGUUUCUUAUUGCUUGUAUAAUACUGUUGCAAGUUACACAUUAGACAUUGAAGCAGUAAGUUGUGAUGAGAUGUUUGUGGAUUGCACUUCAUUGCUCAAUGAGACAUGCCUUUCUCCUCUACAGCUGGCCUCGCUUAUCAGAGAAGAGAUCAAGGAAAAGACAGGUUGCCCAUGCUCUGCUGGCUUUGGAGCCAACCGUCUGCAGGCGAGACUAGCCACCAAGAGGGCCAAACCCGACGGACAGUUCUAUCUAGAACCAUUUGAUGUGCAGGCCUUCAUGGACAAUAUCAGUGUGUCUGACUUGCCUGGUGUUGGUCGGUCUACCAGUUACAAACUCUCUUCAAUGGGGAUAAAAAAAUGUUCAGAUCUUCAACAAAUUCCCCUCACUAGGCUACAGGCUGAAUUUGGAGUUAAAUCCGGGGAAUCACUUUAUAAGCAUUGUCGAGGUGAAGACCAUAGAAAAUUAGUGUUUGACCAGAUUAGGAAAUCAGUAUCAGCUGAAGUAAAUUAUGGAAUACGAUUUCAAGAAGCUAAAGAAGCUGAUCAAUUCUUAAGGGAAUUAUCAAAAGAAGUUCAUAAUCGAUUGUUGGAAGUGAACAUGAAAACGAAAUUAAUUACCUUGAAAUUGAUGACCAGAGCAGCUGAUGCUCCAGUAGAGACUGCCAAGUUUCUCGGUCAUGGUGUUUGUGAUCACGUGUCUCGCUCCUCAGCUCUUCUUACGGCCACCGAUGAUUUGGAUGUCAUCACCAGAGAAGUUUUAGCACUAUCUCACCAACUCAAAGCAGACCCAAUAGAACUGAGAGGAAUCGGAAUCCAGUUGUCAAAGCUAGAAAGUACUAAGCUAUCUAAACCAAGUGGAAAUGCUAUAGUUAAAUUCUUACGUCCAAAGAGCGAAAUCAACCAAACAAAAGAAACUAUUACACUUGUGCGAAAUCAAGCGAUCAAAACUUCUAACUCUCAAGAGGCAUCUAGUUCGUUGGCAAUAGACAAGUUCUUUACUGUGAAGAAACAUGCAACAAAUCAGGAUAAAGAUAAACCAAAGACUUCUGAAAGAGUAAGGCCUAUGGAUGUUGAAAAGGAAGUUUUGGAAGCUUUGCCAGAAGAAAUUCGUAAAGAAGUUAUGAUGGAGUACGGAUUAUCAGUUAAUGAUUCACAUUACGAAGAGAUAGAUUCUAAAUCAAGAACUGAAGAAACAAAAACAGUUGUCAAAACUGUAAGUGAAGAUGAAUUUGAAUUUAUCAGUGGAAGAUUUGAUUUAGGGCCUAAUUAUUCACAGAUUGACCUCGAUGUUCUCGCUGAGUUACCAAAGGAAAUAAAAAGAGAAAUUGAAUAUGCAAUACCGAAGAAGUCUAAAAAGACACCUGACCCUCAUAAAGAUAAAUACUUACCUUUCUCUGAAGAUCACACAGAUGAGGUGAAGCUAGACCAGAAGUUGUCUCCAAAAGAGGUAAGAUCAGUGAUCACUGCGUGGACCACAGCAGAAGACACACCCCAACCUUGUGAUGUAGAUAUGCUGUCAAAGUAUCUCAAGGGUCUUAUCACCUCCCAUCAGCUGGACCACCUUGAUGUCAGUGUCAGCUGUUUACACAGGUGUAUUGAGAAGCGCAACAGUCAGCUGUGGCAGGACAUAUACCACAAUAUGAUCAAUGAACUACAACUGGCCAUGGUUGCGGAAUACGGCCUCAGACUCAGGGUUCCAAACACAUUUAGACCACUAUGAUAGGAGAAGCAACUAAAUGUUUUGUGGUAUUUUUUUAA